CUCUUCUUCCCCCAACCUCACUCCGCACGAACAAGCCUCCAGGGUCCACUCACAAAAGAAAAAGAAAAAAAGAACAAGCCUCCAGGGCUCCGUCCAGCGGGCGAAGCACGCCAACUCGAAGGAUUUCUCUCUCAUAGUCGUCGCCAUCCACAUAACCCGCUCUACCGAACUGCCGAGGAGAGGAGAUCCAUCUGGUCUGGUCGAUUUCUUCUCAUGGUCACGGUGGAGUUCUAACUGCAGUUGUUUUUCAAGUAAUUUGGGGGGUUCAACAGGUUCAACAGAACCCCAAACCCUACGUUAGAUCCGCCCCCCUGCCGAGCUCCGCUACGUUUAUGAUAUUGUGACGGCGUCGUACAGUCCUUCGCUGCUUACUUUGCGCAUUGGUGAGGCUGAGACUUCUAAUGGGCCAGAUGGUUUCCGAUGGUGUUGUCCAAGAACAGGCAGCUCGCAAUGGCGGGAUCAUUAAGAACGGGAGAGAAAUCCUAUUGCAGGCUUUUAAUUGGGAAUCCCAUAAACACAAUUGGUGGAGUAAUUUAGAGGGCAGAGUUGCCGACAUUGCUAAAUCUGGGUUUACAUCAGUAUGGUUGCCUCCACCGACACAAUCGUUAUCUCCAGAAGGCUAUCUGCCACAGAACCUGUACAACCUUGACUCUUGUUAUGGUUCUCUUCAGCAGCUAAAUUUGUUGAUUCAGAACAUGAAUGACCACAAUAUAAGGGCUAUGGCUGAUGUAGUUAUUAACCAUCGAGUUGGGACUACUAAAGGAUCAAAUGGGAUGUAUAAUCGUUAUGAUGGUAUCCCAAUAUCAUGGGACGAACAUGCUGUUACAUCUUGUUCUGGUGGGAAGGGGAACAAAAGUACUGGUGAUAACUUUGAUGGGGUUCCCAACAUAGAUCAUACCCAGCCAUUUGUAAGGAAGGAUAUUAUUGAAUGGCUGAUCUGGCUUCGGGAAACCAUUGGUUUUCAAGAUUUCCGCUUUGAUUUCACAAAAGGUUAUGCUUCAAAGUUUGUGAAAGAAUACAUUGAGGAAUCAAAGCCCCUUUUUGCAGUGGGGGAAUACUGGGACAGCUGUGAAUAUGCCCCCCCUGACAACAGUCUGAGCUACAAUCAGGAUAAACAUAGGCAGAGAAUUAUCAAUUGGAUAGAUAGCACUGGAGGACUUUGCGCUGCGUUUGAUUUCACAACAAAGGGUAUUCUUCAGGAGGCUGUGAAAGGAGAGUUGUGGCGUUUGCGCGACCCUGAAGAAAAGCCGCCUGGUGUGAUGGGGUGGUGGCCUUCAAGAUCAGUUACGUUUAUUGAAAAUCAUGACACAGGGUCAACUCAGGGCCAUUGGCCAUUUCCAUCUGACCAUGUCAUGGAGGGAUAUGCUUAUAUACUUACGCACCCUGGAAUCCCCACAGUGUUCUACGAUCAUUUCUUUGACUGGGGAGAUUCUUUCCACGAUGAAAUAGCAAAACUGAUGGAGAUUAGGAAAUCCCAAGACAUACAUAGUCGUUCAGCUGUCAAAAUUUUGGAGGCAAGCUCAAAUCUGUACUCCGCAAUAAUCGAUGAUAAGUUGUGCAUGAAGAUUGGAGAGGGCUCGUGGUGCCCAAGCGACCCAGAGUGGAAGCUGGCGGCAUGUGGAGACAGAUAUGCUGUGUGGCACAAGUAGGCAUCAGCGUACCAUAUUCCUGCUGAAGAGAAUACAUUAGCCUGGUAACUGAAGUACACCACACCAGAUCGCCGCAGCAUACCUACACUUAUCCAUUUACGAAUAAUGAUAUUUCUGCUGAAGAAAAGAUAUUAGCCUGGUUCCUGAAGAGGCGCUAAUGCCGCGCUUCUCCAGCCUGCCUAGGUUCGAGUUCUGGGACAAACCUUACGGGCACCUUAGUUUGUUCGAGUGCUAAACUUCAAAAGUAAAAUAAAAUUUUAUGAGUGCACCAUGCCACUGCAUUUAUUUGGCUAGCUAAUAAUAGAGGGCAUCAUCCUAUCUCUUUAUGUAUGAAAAAAAAUACAGAAUGUACAUGUAUAAUGUGACGCAAGCACACAGCUGCUUGAUUAUAUAUAUUGAAAAAGGGUUUCAUGUUUCA